AUGUUGACUUUUUCAUUGACAAGAACCGAUAGGAUUUUGACACCUUCCGAUUUCACGAUCAUCGAUUUUCUGAUGGAGUUAGGGAUUGAUGAUUCUGUUACUGACGAUACAUUAAGAGAAGCUGCCAUGGUUGAAGUGGAUAGCAUACCUGAUGAAAACAGAGAAGAAGAAAGUUCGGCCGAACCAACUUACAAACAAGACCAAGACGGUCAGGAGUUUGAGUCGGAAGCAGCUGCACAUGCAUUUUAUAAUGCAUACGCAGCCGAGGUUGGAUUCAUCAUUCGUGUAAGCAAACUUUCACGGUCAAGGCGUGACGGAACUGCUAUUGGACGCGCUCUUGUUUGCAACAAAGAGGGUUACAGAAUGCCGGACAAACGCGAAAAGAUCGUUAGGCAAAGGGCAGAGACAAGGGUUGGUUGCAGGGCAAUGAUUAUGGUGAGGAAAGUUGGUUCUGGUAAAUGGGUUGUUACGAAAUUUGUUAAGGAGCACACUCAUCCAUUGAAUCCUGGAAGUGGUAGAAGGGAUUGCAUGUUUGAACAAUAUCCGUCUCAGAACGAACACGAUAAAAUCCGCGAACUAUCUCAACAAUUGGCAAUCGAGAAAAAGCGAUCGGUGACUUAUAAAAGACAACUUGAAGUGAUAUUUGAUUAUAUCGAGGAGCACAAUGUGAGCCUUUCAAAGAAAAUACAGCACAUAGUAGACAGUGUGAAGCAGAUGGAACCUAAAGAAGAAGAACACAAUCAUUCAUAG